AGUUGUCAUCGUUAAGAGCACCAAGCAGGGAGAGGGGGAGAGAGAGAGAGAGAGAGAGAGAGAGAGAGAGAGAGAGAGAGAGAGAGAGAGAGAGGCACAUCUGAGAGAGACAGCCUCUUAGAGCUCUGAGGCAGAAGUGAUGGAUUCAACUCACCACAAAGUCAUCUAAAGUGCCAAAGGCAGCGCACUACCUGCCCUUUACUCAGGAGACUAGCUCAAGUUCAUAUUGUCUCUGAAGACUAUUUGCAACUUUUCCUCGCGACAGUCCGGAAGUCAACCUUGUGCUGGGCACACGUCAAUCUUUUUUGAUUUAACAAUAACCUUCAAAGCACGUUUACCUGUCCGCUGCUGGAAUGGACUGAGCUGACAGAGAGUGAGUAACCAGACGGGGUUAAAGACCAGGAGGACAAAGGCAUCUCACUUGGGAUGACUUUCGAUCAAGAGGAACUACAAUUGGCUCAGCCACAAGAGCAAGACAGCUGAGGGAGUCUCAUCAAUACGCUUCAGUUAUCUUGCUUGGUGAGUUGGAAAAGUCUCAUGGAUACCCCUUCAAUGGUCCUACUGGGGCUCCUUCUUGUUUAUGGGCUAGUCUGUCAGAUUCAGGGGAUCGUCUCAGAUAGCCACAGCUUUACGGGAGCCCAAGAAUUUGAGAGUAGCGACGAUGGUCCGGAGAGAGAAUUUCUCUAUGCAGGGAGGAGCAAACGCGCGCCUGUUGACCAGCCGCAGGACAAAUGCUCGUACACUUUUAUCGUGCCACAGCAAAAAGUGACAGGGGCUAUCUGUGUCAACUCCAAGGAGCCAGAGGCCACGCUGGAGAAUCGGGUUCAUAAGCAGGAGUUAGAGCUACUGAAUGUGGAGCUGCAGAAACAGAAAAGGCAGAUCGAGACUCUCCAGCAAUUGGUAGAAGUGGACGGAGGCAUUGUUAAUGAAGUUAAGCUUCUGAGGAAAGAAAGCCGAAACAUGAAUUCCAGAGUCACGCAAUUGUACAUGCAACUCCUUCAUGAGAUCAUCAGGAAGAGAGACAAUGCCCUCGAAUUAGCUCAGGUGGAGAACAGAAUACUGAACCAAACUUCAGAGAUGCAACAACUUACCAGUCGCUACAAAGACUUGGAGCACAAGUACCAGCACUUGGCCUCUUUGGCCACCAACCAGUCAACUCUUAUUGCCCUGCUGGAGGAGCAGUGUCAGGGUCAGGGUCGACCUCCUCUCCGACCCGUCCCCGUGCCACAGCCACGGCCUCAGCCACCUCGACCAUCACCACCUCUGAACAAGCCUUACCACCCACAAGUUCUUCCUCGGAUCAACAAGCCACUCAGCAAUGAGAUACAGAGUGAUCAGAAGUCUCUACCGCCUCCGACGAUGCCUACCAUCAUACACAACCCUUCCUCCACUGACAAACCCUCUGGUCCAUUUAGAGACUGCCUGCAGGCUCUGGAAGAAGGCCACACCAACAGCGGCAUGUACUUGUUAAAACCAGAGAAUGCCAACCGUCUGAUGCAGGUGUGGUGUGACCAGAGACAUGACCCAGGCGGCUGGACCGUAAUCCAGAGGAGAGUGGACGGCUCUGUCAACUUUUUCAGGAACUGGGAGACAUACAAGCAAGGGUUUGGAAAUAUCGAUGGGGAGUACUGGCUCGGUCUGGAAAAUAUUUACUGGCUGACGAAUCAGGGAAACUACAAGCUGCUGGUAACUCUGGAGGACUGGUCUGGCAGGAAGGUGUUUGCCGAGUAUGCCAGCUUCAGAGUGGAGCCUGAGGCUGACUUCUAUAAGCUACGAGUGGGUCGCUACCAUGGCAAUGCCGGCGACUCCCUCACCUGGCACAAUGGGAAACAAUUCACAACACUGGACAGAGACCACGAUGCAUAUACAGGUAAUUGUGCUCACUACCAGAAGGGAGGCUGGUGGUACAACUCUUGUGCCCAUUCCAAUUUGAAUGGCGUUUGGUACAGAGGAGGCCACUACCGGAGCCGUUAUCAAGAUGGAGUCUACUGGGCAGAGUUCAGAGGAGGAGCUUAUUCACUUAAGAGAGUGAUCAUGAUGAUUCGUCCAAACGCAAACACUUUUCACUAGUUUUU